CUCUCUCUCUCCACACGCCCCUCUAUCUCACAGAAGACGCCGUUAAUCGAUUCACCGAGCUCUCUUAUCUGUACAACCAAUCCUUAUCACCAUCAUCAUCAUAAUCGUCGUGUGUCGUUUUGGAUGUUAAUGUGUGAGCGAUCGUCAUGUAUAUAACGGCCUGUUCGUCUGCUACUUCUUCACUCCUCAGAGCCUCACGGUCUCGAUUUUCGUCUUCCCUAUCCUCAUCUUUUUCUUCUCUCGCUAGAAGUGGUUCUCAUUCCUCACCGGCUGUGUUCAACCAGAGCCGAUCUCUAGGAUACUCCUCGGCGUUGCGGUCCCUACGGUGCUCUGUUUCGCGGUGGAGUCACGGUGUCGAUUGGAAGUCUCCGUUGAGUCUUAGGUCGCAGAUCAGGACUGUCGCUCCUCCUGCUAUCAACGGCUUCGAACGAAAGAUCGCUACUAUGGCUUCUGAGAAUGCUUUCAAGGGUAUCCUUACCAGUCUACCCAAGCCUGCAGGUGGCGAAUUCGGAAAAUUCUAUAGCCUGCCUGCUCUGAAUGAUCCAAGGAUAGAUAAGCUUCCAUACUCUAUUAGAAUCCUUCUUGAAUCAGCAAUUCGUAAUUGUGACAACUUUCAAGUCACUAAGGAAGAUGUUGAGAAGAUUAUUGAUUGGGAAAAAACUUCCCCGAAGCAAGUUGAAAUUCCCUUCAAGCCUGCCCGUGUUCUCUUGCAGGAUUUUACUGGUGUACCAGCUGUGGUUGACCUUGCUUGUAUGCGUGAUGCCAUGAAUAAGCUUGGCAGUGAUUCUAACAAGAUCAAUCCUUUGGUUCCUGUAGAUCUUGUUAUAGAUCAUUCAGUCCAAGUUGAUGUGGCAAGGUCAGAAAAUGCCGUGCAAGCCAAUAUGGAGCUUGAAUUUCAGAGAAACAAGGAGAGAUUUGCUUUUCUCAAAUGGGGAUCUAAUGCUUUUCAAAAUAUGCUUGUUGUUCCUCCAGGGUCUGGUAUAGUGCAUCAGGUUAAUCUUGAAUAUCUUGGACGGGUCGUUUUUAACACUGACGGCGUAAUCUACCCAGAUAGUGUGGUCGGAACUGAUUCCCACACUACUAUGAUCGAUGGAUUAGGGGUUGCAGGUUGGGGAGUUGGAGGAAUUGAAGCAGAGGCAGCAAUGCUUGGCCAGCCAAUGAGCAUGGUGUUGCCUGGUGUUGUUGGGUUCAAGUUAUCUGGAGAAUUACGCAAUGGUGUCACGGCAACUGACUUGGUCUUAACUGUCACACAAAUUCUUAGGAAGCACGGUGUUGUUGGCAAAUUUGUCGAGUUCUAUGGGGAUGGUAUGGGUGAACUAUCAUUAGCUGACAGGGCCACCAUUGCCAACAUGUCUCCUGAGUAUGGUGCAACGAUGGGGUUUUUCCCUGUAGAUCAUGUUACUUUGCAAUAUCUCAAAUUAACUGGAAGAAGUGAUGAGACUGUGGCAAUGAUAGAAGCAUAUCUGCGGGCAAAUAAGAUGUUUGUUGACUAUAAAGAGGUGCCUCAACAAGAAAGGGUGUACUCAUCCUACUUAAAUCUAGACCUUGCAGACGUUGAGCCCUGUGUUUCAGGGCCUAAGAGACCUCAUGACCGUGUUCCUUUGAAAGAAAUGAAAGCUGAUUGGCAUUCUUGCCUUGAUAACAAAGUGGGAUUUAAGGGCUUUGCUGUACCAAAGGAUACCCAAGAAAAAGUGGCAAAAUUCUCAUUCCAUGGAAAUCCAGCGGAGCUAAAGCAUGGUAGUGUCGUGAUUGCUGCUAUCACAAGCUGCACAAAUACAUCAAACCCUAGUGUUAUGCUUGGUGCAGCCCUUGUUGCCAAAAAGGCAUGCGAAUUGGGUCUACAGGUCAGUCAUAGUCUAGUGACUUAUAUUUCUUAUUAG